AUGGCCACGAAACGAAAGCUCGACACGGCCACGCCCGAGCCCGAAGAGCCCGUCGACCCCUCUGAUGAACUGAUGUUUCUGUGCUUGGGGGGUGGAAACGAGGUCGGCCGCUCGUGCCAUAUUAUACAAUACAAGGGCAAAACCGUCAUGCUCGAUGCUGGUGCUCAUCCUGCAUACGACGGCCUGGCCUCUCUUCCCUUCUACGACGAGUUCGACCUGAGCACCGUCGAUAUUCUUCUCAUUACCCACUUCCAUCUGGACCAUGCCGCCUCGCUACCCUAUGUCAUGGCAAAGACAAAUUUCAAAGGGCGCGUUUUCAUGACCCACCCGACCAAAGCCAUCUACAAGUGGCUGAUGCAGGACUCGGUUCGCGUACAGAACACUCAUGCAUCUGCAGAGCAGCCAACACAACUCUACACUGAAGCCGAUGUUCUUUCGACUCUUCCCAUGAUCCAGACCAUCGCAUUCCACACUACACAUACUCACGCAGGUAUCCGGAUAACUCCUUAUCCAGCUGGUCACGUCCUCGGCGCAGCCAUGUACGUGAUUGAGAUUGCUGGACUCAACAUCUUGUUCACUGGAGACUACUCGAGAGAGCAUGACCGUCAUCUGAUUCCCGCCUCGGCUCCAAAGGGUGUCAAGGUAGACGUUUUGAUUACAGAGUCCACCUUCGGCGUUGCCUCCCACAUCCCGAGACUGGAGCGAGAGACUGCUCUGAUGAAGAGCUUGACUGGUGUCCUCAACCGUGGAGGACGUGUUCUUAUGCCUGUCUUCGCUAUUGGCCGUGCACAAGAGCUUCUUCUGAUCCUUGAAGACUACUGGAACCGACACCCCGAGUACAGGAAGUACCCCAUUUACUAUGCUAGUAAUCUAGCGAAAAAGUGCAUGCUUGUCUAUCAAACCUAUAUUGAUGCCAUGAACGACAACAUCAAGUCCAUGUUUCAAAAUAGGCUUGCUCAAACAGCUGAUGGCGGCAGCGGUGAAGCCGGCACUGGAGGUCCCUGGGACUUCCGCUGGAUUCGAAACUUGAAAUCACUCGACAGAUUCGAUGAUGUUGGCGGAUGUGUCAUGCUCGCAUCUCCCGGUAUGCUUCAAAACGGCGUGUCUCGCGCUCUCCUUGAGCGUUGGGCACCUGAUCCGAAAAAUGGGGUCAUUGUCACUGGCUACAGCGUCGAAGGCACUAUGGCGAAGAUGAUUCUCACCGAGCCUGAAAGCAUCCAAGCCGUCAUGACUGGCAAAGUGGGUGGUAGAGUGCAAGGUGUAGGCAGCCGAGGCAAGCCAGGUGCCGAAGGAGAAAAAGUCAUGAUACCUCGAAGGUGUACUGUCCAAGAGUAUUCCUUUGCAGCACACGUUGAUGGAACAGAAAAUCGCGAGUUCAUAGAAGAAGUUGCAGCUCCUGUUGUGAUUUUGGUACAUGGCGAGAAGACAAACAUGAUGAGACUCAAGUCGAAGCUGUUGUCUCUCAAUGCAAACAAGGCAACACCAGUCAAGGUCUUCUCCCCAGCAAAUUGUGAAGAACUUCGAAUUCCAUUCAGACAGGACAAGAUCGCCAAAGUGGUUGGUCGACUCGCAAACCAAAUCCAGAUAUCAGCAGCCCCACCUUCUCCUCCUACUUCUUCUGAUGAAGACGGUCUAAGAGACGAGAAGAAGUUCAAGACGACCAAUGGGGAUCAGGUAGUCUCGGGUGUCUUGGUGCAAAAUGAUUUCAAACUCAGCUUGAUGGCGCCAGAGGACCUGAAGGAAUAUGCUGGAUUAACAACCACAACAAUUCUUUGCCGCCAAAGGCUGACACUUGCAGCUGCGGGUCUUGAUCUGAUUAAAUGGGCUCUGGAAGGCACUUUUGGAGCCAUUAAGACAAUUUCGUCGUCUCGUGAAGAGGCAAAGGCAGAGGCCAAUGGAAACGGUGCAAAGGUUGAGGAGGCCGAUGAGGAGCUAGAAAGACAACAGGAGACCAUCUUUGAGGUUAUGGGCUCAGUCAGGGUCAGGGUGGCUGAUCGUGGAGAGGUCGAAGUCGAGUGGGAAGGCAACGUUGCUAAUGACGGAAUUGCCGAUGCCGUGCUUGCUGUUCUGUUCACAGUCGAAAGCAGCCCUGCGGCUGUAAAGCAAUCAUCGAGUCCCCAUUCACACAAUCACCACGAACACAAGCGUAACCUCCACGCACAUAUCAGCCCGUCGGAAAGGCUCUCACGUCUAUGCAUGUUCCUCGAAGCUCAAUUCGGCGAGGAUGCCAUCACACCAAUCUCGAAGCCCAAACUCAACAUCCUCGACGACACUAGUAGCUCUGACGAUCCUAUAGCAGUAGAGAAAGCCAGGGCUCAGCUGGAAAUGGCAGAGCUGGAACGCCUGCAUAGAGCAGGCAUACCUGUGCCAGGCCUGGAGAUCAAAGUGGACAAGAUUGUAGCCAAAGUUUGGCUUGAGACGCUCGAAGUAGAGUGUGGCAUGCGAAGCAUGGCCGACAGGAUCCGUGCCGUGGUCGAACGGGCUGUUGAGGUUGUUGCUCCACUAUGGGAAUGA